GCGGGCGGGGCGGGCCGGGCCGGGAAGCCCCGGGAGGCGGAGCCGGGGCCGGGACCGGGACUUUCCCGGCGCAGCGGCGGCCGUGCGGGGCGGGAGCGAGGAGAAGGGAUGUGGAGGAAGCGAGCUCGCCCCGCGCUGCCCUGACCCUGCCCUCUGCCCGAGCUCUGUGGCAGUUCCCUGCGGCAAACCCUGACCGGCGAUGCUGGGGCUGGAUGGGCUGCUGCGGCCGGCCGCCUCCGGCACGGGACUUUCCGGAGCGGCGUGCCUUCCUGCCGCCGCCGGCCCCGCUCAGCGCCCGCUCUUCCCGCAGGCCGGCGGCCGGCCCCGCAGCGACAUGGACGAGCACUUCCAGCCCUGUCUGGAUGGGAUCGACUACGACGACUUCAGCUUUGGCUCCCACAUGGUGGAGCAGAAGGAGCCCCUGAUGGAGACAGCAGUCGGUCCCUACCUGGUCAUCAUUGAGCAGCCGAAGCAGCGGGGCUUCCGAUUUCGGUAUGGCUGUGAGGGCCCUUCGCACGGGGGGCUGCCAGGAGCCUCCAGCGAGAAGGGGCACAAGACCUACCCCACCGUCAAGAUCUGCAACUACGAGGGGAUGGCGCGCAUCGAGGUGGACCUGGUGACACACAGCGACCCUCCACGUGUGCACGCACACAGCCUGGUGGGCAAGCAGUGCAACGAGGCUGGCAACUGCGUCGCCAUCGUGGGGCCCAAAGACAUGACGGCACAGUUCAGCAAUCUGGGUGUGCUUCACGUCACCAAGAAGAACAUGAUGGAGAUCAUGAAGGAGAAGCUGAAGAAGCAGAGGACGCGCAACACAAACAAGCUGCUGACGGAAGCUGAGCUGCGUGAGAUUGAGCUGGAGGCAAAGGAGCUGAAGAAGGUGAUGGAUCUGAGCAUCGUGAGGCUGCGCUUCACCGCUUACCUCCGUGACAGCAGUGGGAACUUCACUCUGGCACUGCAGCCCGUCAUCUCUGACCCCAUCCAUGACAGCAAGUCCCCUGGCGCUUCCAACCUGAAGAUCUCACGGAUGGACAAGACGGCGGGCUCAGUGCGAGGUGGGGAUGAGGUCUACCUGUUGUGCGACAAGGUGCAGAAAGAUGACAUUGAGGUGCGGUUCUACGAGGAUGACGAGAAUGGCUGGCAGGCCUUCGGGGACUUCUCCCCCACGGAUGUGCACAAGCAGUACGCCAUCGUCUUCCGCACGCCCCCCUACCACAAGCCCAAAAUUGACCGUCCUGUCACCGUGUUCCUGCAACUGAAGCGGAAGCGCGGGGGGGACGUCAGCGACUCCAAGCAGUUCACCUAUUACCCUGUGGUGGAGGAUAAGGAGGAGGUGGAGCGGAAGCGCAAGAAGGUGCUGCCUCAGUUUCCCCAGCACUUCGGCGGGGGCUCACACAUGGGGGGUGCCGGCGGUGCUGGGGGCUUUGGGGCGGGAGGAGGCGGUAACCUCAGCUUCCCCUACUCGUCCGGGCUGGGCUACAACAACCUCUACUCCUCCAGUCCGCACCCCGUGGGGGGGUACCAGGGCGGCGUGCAGAUGAAGGCCCCCAGCGGGAGCGGGGAUGGAGAUGACAGACAGGCACCUACAGAAAGUACCUACUGCAGGGAGCUGCAGCGGCACGCCCACCUGUGGCUGCUGGCACGCCGCAACGCCCAUGCCCUGCUGGACUACUCGGUGACUGCUGACCCCCGCAUGCUGCUGGCCGUGCAGAGACACCUGGCAGCAUCACAGGAUGAGAACGGGGACACGCCCUUGCACCUCGCCAUCAUCCAUGAGCAGACAGCUGUGAUCAAGCAGCUAAUUGAGGUGGUGGUCAGCAUCCCUAGCCAGCAGAUCGUCAACAUCACCAACAACCUGCAGCAGACACCGCUGCACCUGGCGGUCAUCACCAAGCAGCCCCAGGUGGUGCAGCUCCUGCUGCAGGCCCGUGCCAACCCCACCCUGCUGGACCGCUAUGGCAACUCCCUGCUGCACCUGGCACUGCAGGCAGGUGAUGAGGAGAUGCUGCGGACGCUGCUGGCCCACCUGGGCUCGGCCACUCCCUACCUGCUGCACCUGCCCAACUUCCACGGUCUCCUGCCUGUACACCUGGCUGUGAAGGCGAAGAGCCCGGCCUGCCUGGACCUGCUGGUCAGGAGGGGCGCAGAUGUGAACAGCGUGGAGAGGCAGGGCGGCAGGACCCCGCUGCACCUGGCCGUGGAGAUGGAAAACCUCAACAUGGCCACACAUCUGGUGAAGAAGUUGGGAGCUAACGUCAACAGCCGGACCUUUGCUGGGAACACCCCCCUGCACCUGGCUGCCGGCCUGGGCUCCCCAACCCUCACCAAACUGCUGCUCAAAGCAGGGGCAGAUGUGCAGCGUGAGAACGAUGAGCCCGUCAGCCCCUCCUCGUCAGAGGCCAGCAGCGACACAGAUGGCGACCCCGAGGAGCAGGAGCAGGCCAUGGAGCUGGGGGAGCCGGCCCCGAGCCCCCAUGCCCCCCCUGAGGAGGAGCAGGGGGAGGCAGGGCCCCGGCAGCGCCGCUGCCACACAGCCCUGGACCUGACCCGGAGCCAGAAGGUGCGGGACAUCCUGCUGCAGGCCUCCCAGCCCCGCCCCGAGACUGAGCUGCCCACCACCCCCCGGCCAGGGAAUGUGCUGUCUCUGGACAGUGAUGCGCUGCAGGGGCUGGAGCAGCUGCUGAACCAGGACAGCAGCGGGUCAGACUGGAUGGAGCUGGCCAAGAGGCUGGGACUCUGCAGCUUGGUGGAGACGUACAAGGACACCCCCUCACCCAGCGUCAGCCUCCUGCGCAGCUAUGAGCUGGCUGGGGGCAGCCUUGGGGGGCUGCUGGAGGCGCUGGACUCUAUGGGGCUGCGCGGGGCUGUCAGAAUGCUGCGCAAACCUGAGCCGCUGGAGAAGCUGCAGAGCACAGAGGUCAAGGAAGACAGCGCCUACGGGAGCGAGUCGGUGGAGGAGGAGCAGGCGCCCGCCCUGAAGCCAGGGCCGGUGCCAGAGGGUGAGCUGCACCACAGCCAGCAGCAGCAGGUGCACUGAGGGGCCGGGGGGGCCGUGCUGCCCCCCGCCCUGCCCCUCCCACACAAGUGCCUUCUGGACUGGGGGCUGCGCUGCAGCCCGGCUGCCCUGCUGCUGAGGGCCGGGACACAGCCUGCCCAGCCCCGCUCUGCUCGUAUUUAAUGGUCCCACGCCUGGUGAAUAAAGGGGACACGGUUUCCAUUAGCAUCAGCCCUCUCUGUCUGCCCCGGCCCAGAGAGACAGGGCGCUACCCCGGCACUGGCCUCAGGGAGAGCAGCCAGCCCGUGCCCCCUCGGCAUCACCCCAAGUGCCUGCGCUGUCCCCAGCACCGCUUCUAGGCUGCCUGGGGGAAAAACCACAGCGCACCAAGAACUGAAGAGCAAGUUUUACUUCAGUAACCGACAGAAGAAGCUGUACAAAGGUUUUCCUCCCCCCGAGCCACCUGGGGCAAGGGUGGAAAUUUUUCUUUUUUUUUCCUUUUUUUUUUUUUUUUUUU